AUGCUAGCCAUUCGCCGAAUCAACCUCGAGGAAACCAUUUAUCUUAGAGGAAUUCGCUUAGAAAAUAAACCGAAACUUUCACAGAGGGCUGCGGAAGUGCUGCAAAACUUUUCGUUUUCAGACAGUGCGGAGUCAACUUCCUGCGGACGUUCUCACUUUUUACACUUGAAUUUCUGCAAAAAGGACUUGUUAACGAAAUUCUGUGAAGACGCUGCAACUACUAUAUUCUGUGUGGCGGCAGUUCCAAUGGAUCGUCGUGUCAGUAUGGAUGUGAGUCGAAGCAAAAAGACCAGAAAUCUCAUUCAGACUUUUCGUCUUUCCCGUUAA